UAAGAUAAAAACUAUUGUGUUUUAUCAAUAUUUUUAUGAUACGAAACGUGGCGCUGUGUUGACGUCUUGUUGUCGCUAGAAAACGUGACGCACGGGACGUCACACUAGAUGUAACGUUGCAGGAACAGAAAGUGUUACAUUUACUCGCAGCUCUGGAUCUGUUUCCACAGCCUGAAGACCUGCGGAGGGACUGAAAUAAAGCCGCAUCCAUUCAGUCAUGGAGGACAUCAGCACUGUGAUGUCCUGGUUUUCCAGCCCUGUGUACAGCCGCUAUUGGCAGCACUACCAGCAGGCCAUGGCCUGGCACCAGAGACACAGGCGUGCCUACAGGAAGGCCUUGGAGGCUGCUUAUGGGUCGGCCCACGAGCAUGAGGGAUAUCCCAGCAGUCAGCAGCGUUAUGCCGACUGGCGGGCCGGAGAGAGCAGCAGCGGUGAUGAUAGAGAAGAUGACAGCAGCUCAGAUAGCGACAUCGAGUGUGACGUCAGCAACAUGGAGAUCAGUGAGGAGCUUCGGCAGUACUUUGCCCAAACGGAGAGACACAGAGAGGAGCUGAAGAGGCAGCAGCAGAUGGAGGCAGAGCAGCAGGACAGCUACGUGCCGGCCGAUCAGGACCUGCACGGCAUCUCCAGCCGCAGCAGCGCCGCUCCUCCCUCUGAGCGGCCGGGCGAGAGGCGAGUCGCCGAGAUGAAGAAGCUCUACGGCAAAGAUGCGGCCACGAUCCUGGCCAUGGAGGCGGCCAUGCAGCUGACGUUUGACAGAAACUGUGACAUGAAGCAGCCUAAAUACUGGCCCGUCAUCCCACUGAAGCUUUAAACUGUCUGACUUCCCAGGAUGCACGGUUCUGAUGCUGUGCAUCCUGCAGGUCCUUCACAUAGAUCUUCCACUUCAUACAGACACACAGGAGUAAAACAGUCAGCCAUGGGUCAGGCGUACAUUAGCUCUCCCACUGUUGGUGAUGUAAAUAUACUGAAACAUGUGUCUUGAGUGUUUCCUCCUGAUCUGUUUCUGUUUACCCUCUGGAUCUCUGAGGUUUCACACUGCAGCUGCUCCCUUCAGGCCUGUCCGCUUAUUCUAAGCAGUAAAACAGAAGCGUCUCUGCAUGGCUGCUUCUUAUGUUCCACUUCUCAACCCACGUUCGGUGUUUUGUUUCGCUCUAAAUCACAGCUCUGGCUGUGACAUUUCUUCUCAUUUAAUAACAGCCAAAUGUCUGCUCAGGAGGACUUUUUAUUUUUAUUUGUUCAGGUUUUAAAUGGAAAUGUGGUUAAUAAAGUUUUUUAUGUCUGAAUAA